AUGGCCAAAAAACUGCCGGAAGACGUGGUGUUCCAGACGCUGCUAUCGCUGCCAGUCGUUUCUUUAUUGCGGUUCAAGUGCGUCUGCAAAUCCUGGUACGCUCUCAUUACUCGCCCUGACUUCAUCAGAGAACACAUCCUCCACCAUCGCUCCCCUUCAAAGAAGAACAAGAAUGCCCUUUUUCUCCUGGACCGCAUAGAUAAAACUACCAAUGAUCAUCUUCUCUCCACUCUUUCUUACCAAACACUCCGAGUAUCGCUUACACAACCUUUGCCUCCACCGUAUUCUGGGAUCGACGAGCAAUUCAACGUUUUUGUGGUGGGUUCUUGCGAUGGUCUGAUCUGCCUUUCCGAUGCCUCUGCCUGGAAAAUUGUUCUAUGGAACCCUGCCACUAAAGAAACAAAUGUUGUACCCGAAUCAAGAUUUCACCACCUUCCUAGUAACUAUUGCUCCUAUAGUAAUGCUGUCGGAUUCGGUUUUGAUUCCAAGACUAAUGACUACAAGAUAAUCAGGAUUCUUCGCCUCGUUAACUCCGAUCCCUCCGGACCGUACUACGAAAGUGACCUAUAUAGCUUAAGCACCAAUUCUUGGAAACUAGUUCAAAGUCAACCCUGGUUUGAUGUCCCGUACUUCUUCAUUUACGACGGUUUGAUGGGUACGAGGACAUACACUAAUGGAAUGGCUUCAUGGCGGGCACAAGGUGACUGCGAGGAUAUUUUGUCAUUUGAUAUGAGCAAAGAGGUUUUCCUUAGAACACCGAUGCCAGCUGAAAGCGCUAUUGGGAGUGGGCUUUAUGAUUGGAGAGACAUGUUUGUGUUGAAUGAAUCGGUUGCUCUGGCUUUUCGUAUCCCAAAUGAAGAACAGUCAGAGGUUUGCUUUCAUAUAUGGUUGUUGGGUGAGUUUGGUGCCGAGGAAUCUUGGAGGAAGAUAUAUACUCUGGGACCUCUUACAGGAUUUGACAUUGUAUUAGGGUUUUGGAAGGAUAAUGCUCUGUUUUUGGAAAGUGCUGAUGGUCGACUGUUCUUGUAUGACUCCUCUUCCAAAGAAAUGAACCAUCUUCAAAUUGAUGGAGCACCGAUGACGUUGCAGUUGAUGACUUUCAUGGAGACCUUAAUUUCUGUCAAGGGGGGAGAUGAAACUGAAGAACAGGAUAAUUCCUGA